ACGAUAGAUAAAUAAAAACUCGUUUAUAAUCAGAUGACCUCUCUGUCUUGUUCAAUAUGGUCUAGAACGUCAUUUUAUUGACAAGAUUAGUUGAGAAGAGUCAUCAGUCCGCUUGAUCAGCGUCGCUAUUUGAGUACAAUUCUUUAGCACAUGAUCGACUCGUGUCAACGGUACUCAUAAUGUCAUACACAAUUAAAUUAAAUUGUUUUUAAUUUAUUUUGUUUGUAAAACUCUCUAUCUGCUAGUGAACCGGUGUGUAGAUUUGAACCGUGAUAGUAUAAAAAGAUAUGUUAGAGUGAGACGGAAAAUAUUACGAUGUUCAAGUGUUUGUUGUGCGUUGUUAUUGCUUUUCUGCCGGUAGAAUGCUGGUAUUCUGGAGAAAGUUGCUUUGCCGGCGACCGAGCGGGCAGCUGUAAGCGUUUAUCCAACUGUCCCAGUUUAGUUAGGGAGAUUAAAAAUGCGGGAAAUCCCAUGCCAAAUUAUAUAAGAAAGAAACUACAAAAUCUGGGAUGUGGUUUCGAUAAUGAUGAGCCACUCAUUUGCUGUAGUUCAUAUUCAAAUGUCGAUGAGAGCGAACAGCAAGAUCAAUCGUAUAACAAUCCCAAUCCUUGGUCAUCGAGACCAGUUGACCAAACAGGUGCAAAUGGCAAUAAAAAUCCAAACCCCAUAAAUUUUUCACACAAUGUUGGAGCCGAAGAAGAUAAUAAUAAAAGGGGCAAUGAUGACAAUGAAUCAAGUAACCCCGCACCAAAUAUACUAUAUCACCGCAAUCUAGAUCUUUUGCCAAACGACUGUGGACCGAUCGAGGGCGAGAGAGUGUUUGGAGGCAAUAGGACUAGACUAUUCGAAAUGCCGUGGAUGGUUCUCUUAUCGUACGAUUCUGCUCGCGGCAUUCGAUUAAGUUGUGGUGGUACACUCAUCACUCAGUGGUAUGUCCUCACUGCAGCGCAUUGUGUAUCUUUCUUGGGCUCAAAGCUUAAGUUACGAGAGGUCAUCUUGGGAGAAUAUGACACCAGGAAAGACCCGGACUGUGAAAGGAAUGAAGGAGAACAGUUUUGCGCACCGAACGUACGAAACGUUAGAAUAGAUUCCGUGCUUCCGCAUCCAGGGUAUACUCCGAAGACAUUAAGAGAUGACAUUGGUCUGAUACGUCUUGCAGAACCGGCAGACUUUUCAUUAGAUAGUAUGAAACCAAUCUGCCUACCAAAAACUCCAGAAAUUCUAUCGCAGAAACUAGAAGGGUUGCGAGGAGUGGUGGCUGGUUGGGGCGCCACAGAGGAUGGACUGCAAUCGCCAGUACUACUCAGUGUCGAUCUGCCCAUAAUCUCUAACACAGAAUGUCAGAAUAUUUAUAACGGUUCACCAGAGAUAUAUGACACACAAUUAUGUGCGGGAGGAGUACCAGAUAAGGAUUCCUGUGGUGGUGAUUCCGGAGGUCCUCUCCUAUACCCUGGCAAGAAUAAAGGCGUAGGAGUCCGAUACAUUCAGCGAGGUAUCGUGUCGUACGGAUCAAAACGGUGUGGAGUCGGUGGAUAUCCGGGAGUUUACACAAGAGUCGUGAAUUAUAUGGACUGGAUAUUAGAUAAUAUAAGCGACUAAAAAGUAUUUGACGAAAUAAAUUAGCUAUGUAACGUCCAAAGUACAUGGAAAUCUGUAAUAUAAUUUAACUAUUACAUUAGGUAUGUGGCUAUGUUAUAACUUUAACCUAGGACUAAUAUUUAAAUAAUAAUAAUUUUGCUCAAAUAGUGUUUUUCAAAUUAAAAGUAUAUUGUAAUAUCUUAUUUCUAAUUAAGAAAGUGAGAUAGUAAGCGAUCAUAAGAAUGCACACUUAUGUACGUAUAUUGAUAAAAACAGGGCCGGAUUUAAGAGAAGGAACUACCAAGGAACUUCAACUAAGGUUUUCUAAAAAAACAUAAUUCCGACGAGUUAACAAUAUAUCAUCUAUAAAUAUAUUAUUGAAAAAACUGAAUGGCAGAAAUGGAAUCGUUCAAAUGAAAUUAAAAAAAUAAUUGGGGCCUCCACUCCUCUGUCCUAGGGCAUGCACUCCUUUCUAGGCCAACCCUACUCUAAUGAUAACAGCAGUAAGAUUCAUGUUAUAAAAAAUAAAGUUAUCAUUUGAUUUCAAUUCUGAUGAUUUAUUAAGAACACAACUACGAACAAAUAUAACACCCUGUCAAUAUUAUACCAGCCAGUAAAGCAUUAAUAUGA